AUGGAAGCAGCUUAUUCGACUGAAUCCGCAUGGUUGAAUGGCUUCGUCCCACAGAUUUGUGAGAAGCUGAGGGAACGCCUCGUUGCACACCGGGGAUUUCAUUGCCCACUGCUCUCCUCAGAUCGGCCGUUGGAAUGCACAAAGCCUGCUUUGAAGAUAGCUUGGGAUUCUGGUCUGCGUUACUGUGAGUGUGAUGUACGUUUGAGUUCAGAUGGGAAGAUUAUGUUGCUUCACGAUCCAAACCUGGACAAAUUGGUGGAAGAAUCUGCCAAGCCUACGCCCAAUGCGAAUGAGAUAACGGCGGAGGAUUUAAUCAGCUGGCCUUUGCUCCAAAAAGACGUUCAUUUGACCUACUUAGAAGACGUGUUGCUGACUGCUCUAGAAAGCGGAAGUCGCCUGGUGAUCGAGCUGAAAGGAAGUCCAGGAUCUCCCACUGUGGGAUCCGCUGUGGCCAGGCUCUUGCAGGGCAAUCCGCAAUUGCUAGAGGCGUGCGCUUUGGUGAUGUCGUUUGAAGUUCCAGAGCUUCUGGGCUUUGCCGAUGCUUGGGAUGAGAGCAUUGCCGAGACAUCUCGGCCAAAGCUGCUCUUGUUAACUGCCAUUCCACGGGAGAACCUCGAGGCGAAAUAUCAAACGCUGGACCUUGGAGACUCUGCAUGGCCAGAGAAAGCCGCCACGUUCUUGGCCCGAAAGGAUAGCUCACGCUUCUUCAAAUGA